AUGAAGCUGUCCACAUCAAGACUCGCGGCGUUCUCGUCAGCGUUGCUGCUAGAGGGUGCCCUCGCGGCCACGUCGGGCAACUUUGACGCCCUGACCAUCAAUGUGGCCGGCCUCCCGGCCAUCCUCAACGACAAUGGUGUUCCCGGCGACAAGGCAGCCAACGCGGCGGCCAUGGGUGCAAAGUUCUCCGAAUAUGGGAUCGACGUCGUGCAGCUGCAAGAGGACUUCAACUACCACGCUCACAUCUACCGGACCAACACGCAUCCGCACAGGACUGCCACAUCGGGCGGUGUUCCGUUUGGUUCGGGUCUCAACACCGUGUCCUACCUUCCCUGGGUUGACUUUCGGCGUAUCAAGUGGAACAAAUGCUCCGAUGCGAGCCAGUCCGAUUGUCUGACGCCGAAAGGCUUCACCUUCAUGCGUGUGGCCAUCUCAUCCGACAGCUCCACUGCGGCCUAUGUUGAUUUCUACAAUCUCCACGCCGACGCCGGUGUCGAGCCUGGUGAUCUUACUGCCCGAAACGACAACGUGAAGCAGGUGGUUGACUACAUUGCCACGUGGAGCAAGGGCAAUGCUGUCGUUGUGGCUGGUGACUUCAACAGCCGCUACACUCGGACAGGCGACACGGGCAUCCGGGAUUUGCUCGCCAGCGAGAAUCCUUCCGGCCCCCGACUCAAGGAUGCCUGGGUUGAGCUCCUCUACAAUAACGUCAUUCCCCAGUCCCCCAGCUCAUGCGGCAACCCCGCUGCCAACGACCUGUGUGAAAUCGUGGACAAGGUCUUUUACCGGGCUAGCCCGCUCCUCAACCUCCAGGCCACCGACGUCCGCUACGAUACUUUGCGGUUCCUUCAGGCCGACGGCAACAUCCUGACAGAUCACAACCCAGUCCUUGUCAACUACACCUGGUCCUCUGGAGCGUCCCUUCGUCAGAGCAGCUUGUUCGGCGGUCCCCACGGCACCUGGUUCAGCGAUGUCCCCGUCCUUGCCGGGACCAACAAGCCAAAGACGGCAACCAUCACUUUCCGAGGAGGAUCCCGUCUUGAUAGCGUCGGACUGACACUGACAGACGGCACUAUAUUCGCCCACGGCGGCACCGGCGGGAGUGUUGUUUCUCUCGCCCUGGGAGCGACCGAAUACUGGACCCAGGCCGAGCUCUGCAGCGGCCAACGUAACGGGCAAAUUCGCAACUUUUAUAUCCGAGCUGUGACUUCUUCAGGGCGCAGUCUCACAGCGGGCUCGGCGACCAGUUCCUGCCAAACAUUCACGGCUCCAAGCGGGUGGCAGAUUGUCGGGUUUGUUGGGCAGGACGGAAGUGAAGUGGAUCAGUUGGCGUUUGUGUAUGCGCCACGAUGA